AUUCCAAAAUUCAGCUCUUUUUUUUAAUACUAUCAGCACAAAUUUAAUUUGGAAUAACAGGUUCUGUGGUUUUGUGAUUGGAUUAUAUGAUCAUUGACUUAUCUAUCAGCUAUUCUGCUUUAGCUUUUUAACUACUUGAUUGGAUAUGGUUUAGGUUUUGGAAUUUGUGCAUCUUCUUCUUUUGGUGAUUUUUGACGGAAGGUUGGAGAUUUUUGUAUAUGUAUAUCUCUUCUUGUAUGUAUUUUCAGUAACUAGAUGUUGAUUGCUCAAAUUGAAUGUUAAGAACUUGUGUAUAAGCUUUACACAUGCACAUGUUGCUUAAUUAUGGAGAGAGAGAGAGUUUUAAUUUGCUGGCAAACAGUUAGAAAUAGAGGGAUGAAAUAUCAAUUUUGUUAUAAUAUGUUGAAGUGUUUUAGCAGUUUGGAGAUGUUUUAAAGUAGUGGAGAUUCUAAUUUUUUGUUUUGCAGGUAUAAAUAUGCAUUUUUUUUUACAGGACAAAGUAUUUGCCUUGAGACUUCUGUUUUUGAUAUUUGUCGACUUGCUAGUAGCAUGACUAUGUCUGUAAAGCAUCAAUGGAUAACUAGCGAGUAGCGACUGGAUAGGUUCAAAAUAUUGCAAAAUGAGAAGUAUUGAAAAUUCUUUAUUACCUUCCUUUUUUUUCCUUAAAAAUAUUUGAUUUUUGAAUGUGUUUCAUGCUUUAUGAGCUCCUAAGCUCCAAUCUCUACUCACUUUGCCAUUUCCACUCUCUUUCUCUCUGAUUAAUGUGAAGUGUGUUGAAUCCAAUUGCAAAAGAUGGCAAAUAUUGCGAAAGGGGAGGAAAAUACUCCUCGUGGAAAUGAGUGGGAAGUUGUAACGCUUACACAGUCAGUAUAUGCUGCUGCCCCUGGACCAAAACAAGUCGACCUUGUCGAUGAUAAUAGUGCAGAGUAUGUAGCUGAAAGUUCUGAUCCAAUGUUUAUGUCGGGGCACUUUGGCCUUCCACAAAAUCAGCACGAGGAUUCGGCUUUUCAACCAGAUAACGAUGAGAUUCUUAACGGGCAGGGUGGAAAAGAUGCUUCUCCUGAAUUUGUUGCUGACAAAGGGGUUAAUUCAGAUACAUAUGAAGAGAGUACAAAAACUAAAGUACUGAGCACAAUGGAAUUUCCUGGAGAUCAAAUAUUUGAUGAAAAGGGUAGCAUUUUAUCCGCAUGUGGUGCAGAAUUUGAAGAAGAUGCAGUCUUGCAGGGGCUAGGUUUGGUGGACAAAGAGCAGAAUUUCUUUGAUGCCACUACUUAUAGUUCUUUCCAUAGUGAAGAACCCAUGUGUGGGUCAGCAUCAACAGAGGAAAGCAAUAUUGUUGCAGAACCAGUUGAACCCUUUCACCAGGGUAUAGAUUCAGGCAUGUCAAAUUUUCCAAAGGCUAAAGAUGAGGAUAACUAUGAUGCAGAAAAUCUUCCUUGUCAAGCGUGGUGGAAAAGGCGGGCUGUUUCACUUAUUGCCCAUGCAAAAGAUGCAAAUGCAUUCUGGUCCGUUUUCAUUGCUGCAGCUGUUAUGGGCCUUGUGGUUAUUGGUCAGAGAUGGCAGCUUGAAAGGUGGCAGGUAGUGCAAAUGAAGUGGCAGUUUGGAGGCAAUGAUGAGAGAAUGGGCAAAACUAUUAUUAGUCCCAUAUCCCGACUGAAAGAUGUGAUGAUUGGGAGCGAUCGCCGUGGUUCCUUUAUCCGCGGGAGUGCAUCAACGCAACGUUAAGAUGAUGAUGAUGACCAAAAUGAGUUCUUCCCUGUGCAGUACAUGUGCUAGGUUUGCUUUUCAGUGUACCUAAUUUUUUUAUUUUUUAUUUUGCUUUUGACCGAGUCUAAUGAGUUCAGUGUUGUUAGUGAUGGGAUUGUAAUGAUGGGAUCUAUGAGCAAUAACUAUAAUUUAUAACCAUUAGAAAGUGAGAUAAAGAACAUGAAGUGUUGGAUACUAAAGAGUAGCUUUUUUUUAUUUGGCUAAAGGUGA